UCUGGUAAUCUAGCAUCUUAAUCCAUCCGUCAAAUCUCUACCCUCCCUUUUUUCUCUCUGAAAAAAUGUCUGAGGUCCCAACACCAAAAAUUACAGAAAAGGACAAGCCUUCUUCUUCCUCAGCCACUUCAGCUCACCAGCAACGACUCCUCUCUCUCCCCGCCAAUGGGUCUUCUCUCUCAUCCCCCGCCUCCGCUCCAAAGGCUUAUCCUUCACCCACAGCAACGUAUGAGGAAGUCGUUCAAAGCUCCGACCUUUUCUUGGAAAAGCUGAAGGAGUUUCACGAUUCGUUCAGAACCAAAUUCAUGAUUCCUACUGUAGGAGGAAAAACUCUGGAUCUACAUCUCCUUUUUGUAGAAGUCACAUGUCGUGAUGGGCUUGAAAAGGUGAUUAGAGAUCGCAAAUGGAAGGAAGUGAUCGCGGCCUUCAAUUUCCCAACAACAAUUACCAGUGCUUCGUUUGUCUUACGGAAGUACUACUUGUCUUUGCUGUAUCAUUUUGAGCAGGCCUAUUAUUUCCACAAAGAAGUUUAUAGCAUACCAGUGCUUGAGCCUCUAAGCAAGAACCUUUUCAAUGGGUCAGCCACCAUGGAGGAAGGUGCAAGUACAAACCAAUUUCCAGGUCAGGAAAGCACAGAAGUGCAGCUUGGUUGUUCAAUCAUGGGAACCAUUGAUGGGAAAUUUGACAGUGGAUAUCUGGCUACUGUCAACUUGGGUUCUGAUGAACUGAAAGGUGUCUUGUAUCAUGCUCCUACAUCUACAUAUGUUUCUCAGAGUUUUUCGGACAUGCCUACUCGACAGAACCGAAAGAGAUCCAGGUUGGCAUUACGUGAUCCCUUUCGGCCCAAGUCAAACAGGAGCGGUUACAAUUUCUUCUUCGCUGAGAAUUAUGCCAGAUUGAAACCUUUGUACUAUGGGCAAGAGAGAGCCAUCAGCAAAAAAAUUGGGUAUCUAUGGAACAAUCUCACAGAGGCCGAGAAACAGGUUUAUCAGGAUAAAGGGAUGAAAGACAAGGAGAGAUACAGGACCGAACUGCUGGAAUAUAAAUCUUCCUACAAUCCUACACAGCAAUAGCCUCCAUGUUCGUUAGAUAGGCAACUUGUUUCGUAGGCACCAUUUUCCUCUCUUGUAUGCCUUGUUGUAGUAGUCAUCGUUGCCGGUAUUUAACCUAGUUUGGUUUUCAUUUUUCUUUGGUAAGGUUACCCCUCAGUAUGCCCCAUCCGCAGAAAAAAAUUGCGGAAGGGGUGAAAGGGGGCAGCUCUUUGUAACAUCUGUUGAAUUUGCCUUCACUUUGGAUUAGUAGGAUUCCAUUGCAGUGACGAUCUUUGAUAGUUCUUGAUAUUCAAUGUAACAAUAAUAAUUCUUGGAACUGCAGUCUAAAAUCUAAGGGAGCUUAUUUUCA